CAUUGUUUCUCUGUCCAGUGGAGGGAGAGCUGCAGCUUUUCACUGUUUAAAUGUUCUUCAUCCAACAGAGACAAACUGCUGGAGGAAAAUCAUUCAUCUGACAGCAAAGAUGCAGUGGAGUCUGAUUCUGCUCUUCCUGAUGGGUCAGUGUUGUUUCAUUGACUGUCAGCUCUAUCAGUUUCACUACAUUAAAGAGGAAAAAAUCUGGACUGAAGCUCAGCAGUACUGCAGAGAGAAACACACUGACCUGGCCACAGUGACUAACAUGAAGGACAUGGAGAGACUCAAGAUCUCAGCUGGAGGUCAGAGUGGAGCUUGGAUUGGUCUGAUCAGUAAACCAGAAUUUAACAGAACAUGGUACUGGUCUCUGACUGGAGUGGAGUUCAAUGAAAAUGAGACAAACUGGAAAUCAGGGGAACAACAAACUAAUAAAACCCAUAAAUAUCACCUGAUUGAAGAGGAGAAGACCUGGCAGGAAGCUCAGAGUUACUGCAGAGAGAAACACACAGACCUGAUCAGUGGAACGAAGCAACUAGAGGAUGAAGAACUGAAGAAAUUGAUUAACUCUAAUUAUCAACCAUACAUCGGUCUGUUCAGAGACAAUUGGAGGUGGUCAGAUGGAAGCAGUUUCUCUUUCAGACACUGGAAUAAUGAAUUAAACAAUCAGCAACAAAACAGUGAUCAAUGUGCUGCUACUGGUGGUGAUGGAGGCAGAUGGACGACUGACUCCUGUAAUGCGGGUAAACAUUUCAUCUGUUAUGAUGUGGAUAAAGUGAUCCUGAUCAAAGAGAAUAAAACCUGGGAGGAAGCCUUGUACUACUGCAGAGAUCAUCACCAUGACCUGGUCACCAUCACCAACAUGGAUCAACAGAUAUUGGUCCAGGAGAAAGCUAAGGAGGCAUCGACUGGUUAUGUCUGGACGGGUCUGCGCUACACCUGCACUCUGGAUUUCUGGUUCUGGGUCAGUGAUGAGGUGGUCAGCUAUAAGAACUGGGCCGAAGGUGAACCGAUGGACGACUGUGACAUGUCUGGAGCCAUGGAGACGAGAGGAGGACAUCAGUGGAGGAAGAAAAAUGAUCUUGAAGAGUAUAAUUUUCUUUGUUCUAAGGAUUAA